AUGUCUCCAUAUCAGCCAAGAAUCGCCAUUGUUGGCGGAGGACCUUCUGGACUGACAGUUGGGCUUCUCCUUCACAAGCGCAACAUCCCCUUCACCAUCUUCGAACUACGCUCAAAGCCCAUGGAUGAAGAACUCGCAAAACCGGUCGGAAUGCUUGACAUGCACGAAGAGUCUGGGCUUGCGGCUCUGAAGGAGUGCAACUUACUGGACGAGUUCAAGUCGCACACGAGUGUUUGUAGCGAGUUCCAGAUUAUCGCCAACAAGGAAGGGAAUAUCAUUUACACGGACGAUGGCGGGCUCGAGUCUCGCCCUGAAAUCUCUCGCAAUUCGCUCACCAAGCUUCUGCUCGAUCAACUCCCGGCUGACGCCGUCAAGUGGGAGCACAAACUCACGUCUUCUAGCUGCUCUAUUACAGUAUCCGGCAGCAUGGAGAUCCAGCUCGACUUCGGAAUCCACGGGAGGCAUACAUUCGAUCUAGUGGUCGGUGCAGAUGGCACAUGGUCUCGCGUGCGCAAUCUGUUGACAGACACGAAGCCCCAGUACGCCGGAUUUCAAUACCUCAUGUUAGCUAUUCGGCAAGUGACGAAAAGAUAUCCCAAGAUUGCCGAAUAUGUCGGUACUGGAAGCUUCACGUCGCUGGCGAAUAGACACGGUAUCAUGUGCCAGCGUGCCCUGCAAGACUCGGCUCUAAUUUACGCUUUCCUCUCAACACCCGACGAGCAUUUUGGAACAACCUCGGGCAUCACCAAUGGAACACCGGCAGAGGCCAAGGAAAAAUUGCUGAACGAUAAUGCCCUCUUCGGGCAAUUUGGUCCGAGACUGAAGGAGUUGGUGCAAACGGCGUGUGAUGAGGAAACGAAUGACGGCCCGGACAGCAAGCUGGUAGUUAGAUCCCUAUACACGCUGCCUGCCGGCCAUACUUGGGAGUACAAGCCGGGCGUGACACUUAUUGGCGAUGCGUCACACGUGAUGUUGCCCUUUGCUGGUGAAGGUGUGAAUGUGGCCAUGUGGGACGCUCUCGAUGUGUCACGCGCUAUCAUCAAGUCUUAUGAAGCUCGGCCGCAGGAUGCCGCUUCCUUCCAGGAUGUCCUGGAACCCUUGAUCAAGGAGUUUGAGGUGAGAAUGGCAGAUCGAGCGAAGGAAAAGGCAGAGGAGGCCUAUAAGAAUAGCCAGCUUAUGCUUGGCAGUGAAGAUGGCGCAACGGCUAUGGCUGAAUGGAUGAGAGCAGCAAUACAGCAAGCAGAGACGGCGAAAGUCUCAAACGAUUGA